AGCACGUUAAGAAGCAAGUGCCGCUUUAAACCUCUCACAAAGCCCUAACCCAAAACAUAUCAGUUAAGACGGUGAUUUUGUCAUUGAAAGGUAACAAUGGAAGGAGGUGUAGGAGAAAGCACGGUGGUACCAGACUCGGUAAUGGAGUCGGUGAACCGGACCUUGGCCGGCGUUGAGGAAAUGGAGGCCCACUUGCUCCAAUUCUUGUCCCUCUCCGACCCAGAUGUCCUCUCCGAAAUGCCGCCUCUCCAGCGGGCUCAGGCUCUGCUCUUGCUCGCAAGAGUCACCUCAACGCUCUUCACAUUGAGGUUGAGGUGUACUGGAGUUCACCCAGAUGAGCAUCCAGUCAAAUCAGAGCUUGAAAGGUUAAGCUUGUAUCAGGACAAACUAGAAAGGUUCAUAGACUUGAGUAAAGCGCCACUUCGGCCUUCUGCUACAUUGAAUUAUCAGGCAGCGACGCGUUUUAUUGAGCAUUCUUUACCUGACCUUACCCAAGGCCAGAAACAGAGUUUGAGAAAUAUUAGUAGAGGAGAGGGGCCAAAGAUUAAGUAUCUAGAGAGUAGUGUCCAAAAGAAGAGGAAGUAUCAAUCAUCUGAAAAACCAUCUGUUCAAACUGCUGCCAAGGAAUUUCUUGAAAAGGCAGCACGUGAACUUCUUGGUGAUAAAGGUGGUUUUAAGGGGCCUCUACAGGCUGAGGCUUUAGAUGAAGAUGAUGUGUCUGCAACCUAAAUUUCAUGAGUUAUCCAGGAUUGCUUGGACCAGAUCACCCUUGUUUGUAAUUGUCUUCCUUAUAUCAGUUUGUAGUUGCCCGUUGUCUUCUUUACGAAGGAUUCUGUUUUUAAAUCUUCAAUUUUUUCCCAUUGAACAUAAGAGAUGCUCUAGUACUCUUCUAGAUCUUUCAUGUGAGAAGUUGGAGGGCUUCUAAAGCAUAGAGAUAUCCGGUCUCGUUCUUCAUCACCAUACCUAUAUUUGAAGUUGUUUCCUGAACUGUGAUGAUUGAAGGAAAAAUUAUUUGGCCCAUUGUGUUCUCCAUCGGUAUAUAUCUGGUAGCUUUUUUUUUCAUCAGCUGUACUAUCACCGUGUAUUUGGAAUCUUUGAUAAUAUAUAUUGUUGAUUA